AUGUAUGAGGAAAUCAUAAGGGCAACAGAAGAUUUUGAUCCCACAUAUUGCAUUGGGAAGGGAGGACAUGGAAGCGUCUACAUAGCAAGUUUGCCAUCUGCCAAUGUAGUGGCUGUGAAGAAACUUCAUAUGCUGCAAAAUGACGAGAAGAAUCUUCAAAAGGAGUUCUUAAAUGAAGUAAGGGCACUCACGGAGAUACGACAUCGGAACAUUGUGAAGCUCUAUGGUUUCUGUGCACAUAAACGACACUCGUUUUUGGUGUACGAGUAUCUUGAAAGAGGUAGCUUGGCCGCAAUCUUGAGCAAAGAGGAAGAGGCUAAAGCUUUAGGGUGGAGCAAAAGGGUGAAUAUUGUAAAAGGUGUAGCUCAUGCCUUGUCUUACAUGCACCACGAUUGCUUGCCAACGAUUGUACAUCGUGACAUCUCAACCAAGAACAUUUUGUUGGAUUCUGAAUAUGAGGCAUGUGUUUCAGACUUUGGCACUGCUAAGUUUUUAAAUCCAGACUCAACUAAUUGGACUGCUGCUGCAGGCACAUUUGGCUACAUUGCACCAGAGCUUGCAUAUACAAUGGAAGUGAAUGAGAAGUGCGAUGUUUAUAGCUUUGGAGUUGUCACACUGGAAAUAAUUAUGGGAAGCCAUCCAAGAGAUGUUUUCUCAUCUUUAUCAUCCGGGGCGGGGCCACCGAUUGUACAUCGUGACAUCUCAAGCAAGAACAUUUUGUUGGAUUCUGAAUAUGAGGCCUGUGUUUCAGACUUUGGCACUGCUAAGUUUUUAAAUCCAGACUCAACUAAUUGGACUGCCGCUGCAGGCACAUUUGGCUACAUUGCACCAGAGCUUGCAUAUACAAUGAAAGUGAAUGAGAAGAGCGAUGCUUAUAGCUUUGGAGUUGUCACACUGGAAAUAAUUAUGGGAAGCCAUCCAGGAGAUGUUUUCUCAUCUUUAUCAUCCGGGGCGUCAUCGUCGUCCUCAUCUGCAUCACUUGCCCCUGAAAUGCCAAUUUCGGAUGUUCUGGAUCAACGCAUCUCCUCACCCACAAAACAAGAAGCAGGGGAGGUGGUGUCUCUUGUGAAGAUAGCAUUUGCAUCUUUGAAUCCCAAUCCGCAGUCUCGUCCAACAAUGAAAAAAAUUUCUCAGCUCCUCUCAUCAACUCAGAAGCUGCAUUUGUCAAAGCCAUUACAUAUGACAACAUGUGGUGAAUUACUUGCUCUUGAUGGAUUCACUACCUGAUCAGGACAUGUGCUGCUUUUCUGUUUUUGACUUCAUUUGUGUCUGCUUUGUUCUUAUUCUUCUUAGAUGUUUGGCUUAUUGUAUUCUAUUUCAUGCCCACUUCUGUCUUUUGGCUCACGCUUUAA